CGAGUUAACAAUUUAGCAAGAAAAAAACUUAAAAUUAUUAAACAACGGAAGGUCUUGGUGAUCAGAAGUAAAAAAUUGUGUUCAAUAUUAACUAUUAAUUCAACUAGUUUAUAGUGCUAAGUUAAAAGUAAUUAAAUACAACUGAGACGCAAAAGCAAAACAAUUUUUUCCUUUGCGGCGCAAUUCUAAGUGAUACGUCUACAAAAUGCGUUUUGCCUUGAUCACCCUAUUGAUAGCCCUGGUGGCUAUGACCCAGGCAGUGUCCUAUUCCGAACUCGUGAGGGAAGAAUGGAAUACCUUCAAGCUGGAACACCGCAAGAACUAUGCAGAUUCGACUGAGGAGACUUUCCGGAUGAAGAUUUUCAACGAGAAUAAGCAUCAUAUUGCUAAGCAUAAUCAACGAUAUGCUACCGGUGAGGUGAGCUAUAAGUUGGCUCUGAAUAAAUAUGCCGAUAUGUUGCACCAUGAGUUCAGGGAGACAAUGAACGGCUUCAACUAUACCCUGCACAAGCAACUGCGUAGUACUGAUGAAAGCUUCACCGGCGUUACUUUCAUCUCGCCGGAACAUGUUAAACUGCCCACUGCAGUGGAUUGGCGCACAAAGGGAGCUGUGACUGAGGUCAAGGAUCAGGGACAUUGCGGUAGCUGUUGGGCCUUCUCCAGCACUGGCGCCAUUGAGGGACAACAUUUCCGCAAGUCUGGCACUCUAGUCUCUCUAUCCGAACAGAAUCUGGUUGAUUGCUCGACUAAAUAUGGCAAUAAUGGUUGCAAUGGUGGUCUCAUGGACAAUGCUUUCCGUUAUGUCAAGGAUAAUGGUGGUAUUGAUACAGAGAAAUCGUAUGCCUAUGAGGGAAUCGAUGAUUCCUGCCAUUUCGAUAAGAACUCCAUUGGAGCCACCGAUCGCGGCUUCGCUGAUAUUCCCCAGGGCAAUGAGAAGAAACUGGCCCAAGCUGUCGCCACUAUUGGACCUGUUUCGGUUGCCAUUGAUGCCUCACAACAAUCGUUCCAGUUUUACUCCGAAGGUGUCUAUGAUGAACCCAAUUGCAGUGCUGAGAAUUUGGAUCACGGUGUACUUGUCGUUGGUUAUGGUACCGAGAAAGAUGGCUCCGAUUAUUGGCUAGUGAAGAACUCGUGGGGUACCACCUGGGGUGAUAAAGGUUUCAUUAAAAUGUCCCGCAACAAGGAGAACCAGUGUGGCAUUGCCUCUGCAUCCAGUUAUCCUCUGGUCUAAGACUCUCUUAGUUAUUCAUUCUGUAACCUCAUAUGCAUAUAAAUAAACACAUAUACACCAUAUAUUCAACAAAUUCCAACGCAAGCAUCUCAAAAUGAAACUUUAAUUAAUUUAAAUAAAUGUUCAAAAAAUUCC